UAACAUGAGUUCUGCGGAGACGCGUUACUUCAUUCUCCUCCUGAUCAAAGAUGGAUCUGCAAAACUCACUUUUUCUUCUGCUUGCAUUUGUCACCGCAGGACACUCUCUCAGCUGUUAUCAGUGUAAAGGAACGUCUUGUGCAGGUCAGACAGAAACAACAUGUGCAAUCGAAGCUUCCAACUGUCAGAGUGUAACAAUGGUAACACAAGUUGGUGUAGUUGCUACUAAAGGGAAAACUAAAGAUUGUGCUGCUGGUUGUGUAACUGGGUCCUUUAACUUCGGCUAUUACAUGAUGUCUUCUGAGUGCUGUAGCAGUGACCGAUGUAAUGUUCAAGACACUCCAGAUCCCAGCACUGGCAAUCCCAAUGGAAACACAUGUUACACUUGUGAUGAGAAGAGCUGCUCAAAUGUUCUGAAAUGUUCAGGCAGUGAAGAUCGCUGCAUUACAGCAAAAGGUACUGUUGGAGGACAGUCCAUAGUCGUAAAAGGAUGUUCCUCCAAAUCUAUUUGUGAUGCCACAUCAGUCAGUAGUGUUCAGCAAAUCUCCUGUUGUUCAGGGAAUCUGUGUAACGGAGCUAAAAGUGUCACUCAGAGCUUCCUGAUCCUCUGUUUUCCUCUGAUCUCCUUCAUCCUGAUGCUCUGAAUACACAUUCAGUUUCUACAAUCUGACAUGCUCUGAACACAAUACUGUAUGCAGUGUAGCUUGAUUUCUCUCUGUAUUAUCUCUGAUUAGAUUUAUUUACAUAUACAGUAUAUUUUCAAUGUGACGUUCUGAUGUAACAUUUUAUGUAAUAAAGUGCCAAAAUCGCCUA